AUGUGCGAUCCGGCCGUGUCCAGUUUCCUCACCCAGACGCUGUGCGCCCAUGGCGGGCGGCUGGGGCUGCGGGAGCUGCAGGAGAACGUCGGGCUGUCGGCGCAGCAGCUGCAGGACACGCUGUCGGCGGCGGGCCCCCGGCGGUUCCUGCUGGUGGAGGGCGGCCAGGUGGUCCUGGCCGUGACGGACGCGCGGGUCUGUGUCCGUAAGGAGUGCGACGGCUGCGAGCAGCUGCACCUCUGCAAGCAGCACCUCUUGGGCAGGUGCCACCUGGGGCCCAGCUCUUGUAAGUACUCGCAUGACAUCAUGAAUGCGGAGAACAAGAAAGUUCUAAAAAAACAUGAUUUGUCUGGCCUCAGUGAGAAUGAGCUGCAAGUCUUGCUUCUCCAGAAUGAUGCAUUCUUCCUCCCUGAUACCUGCCAGUUAUACAACAAAAAAGGUUCUCACUGUAUGCAGCAAAGCAACUGCAACAAGCUUCAUGUUUGUCAACACUUCCUCAAGGGGAGAUGCAGAUUUCCUCGAUGCAUCAAUUCCCAUAACCUCUUGGAUGACCAUGCACUGAGAGUGUUGGAAACUGUAGGCAUUGAUAGGAAGACAGCUUUAAACUUCCAGGCUAUAUGUGAUUUCAAGCAUAUGGAAUUCACCAGGGAACCAAGGGUGUAUGGACGCAACUACAGAAAUGAUAAUUGGAAAAAGCCAGAAGUUAGAAGGGUUAACGAAGUGAAGACAACUUUGGAAACAGUGCAAUGCAAGCAGGAUGUGCCACCUUUAGAAGGUCCCAGUAGCACCGGACCUGCCCAGAGCCAAGACCAGUUGCCAGCAGGAGUGGGAGGUAAAGAUAAAGGUCCCAGUAGCACCGGACCUGCCCAGAGCCAAGACCAGUUGCCAGCAGGAGUGGGAGGUAAAGAUAAAGGUAAAAAGGACAGUUCCUCUGAAGAAGCUUCAAAAGACAACAAAAAAGAUACCUGUGAUGAGAUCUGUUUGUUCUAUGUCUGGAAGUACUGCAAAAACAAGGAUAGAUGCAAAUCUGUUCAUUACCAUUUGCCAUAUAAAUGGGAGAUACAUGAUGGGUUGGACUGGAAAGAACUUUCCAUGAUGGAGGAAAUUGAAAAGGCCUAUUGUGACCCAAAGAACAGCAGCUUGCCAAGUAAGAACAUUAAUUUCCAGACAAUGACCUGCUCUUCUUCUUUGGUUCGACGCCUCUCUACACCAUCAUCAGUCACAAAACCCACAUUCCUGCUGACCACACAGUGGAUUUGGUACUGGAAGAAUAACCAAGACAAGUGGAUUGAAUAUGGAGAACCGGAAGAAGGGAACAGCACGACCUCACCAUCUUCUGCUAUUAUUGAGAAUUUGUAUCAAGCAGAUCCAUGUGCCAUUGUACCUUUCCAGGCUGGCCAACAUCAGUAUGAACUCAAUUUUAAAGAAAUGAUUCAGACAAAUAUUCAUUUUAAAACUCGAAGACAGGUUUGCAGGCGACCAAAAUUCGUGUCUUCUGAAGAUGUGCAGAAGAUAAAGACAGGCAGCCAAAGGGAUUCUUCUAUUCCAAAUCAGACCUGUCCUAGUCACUGGGAUGCAUCUGCACUGCCUGACUUCGGAUACAAGGCAGUGGUGAUCAGCAACACAACCUCUGAAUACAAUGAAAUAAAGCAGCUGUUUCAUCAGACUAUGAAAAAUUACAGCAUCCUUAAAAUACAGAGGAUUCAGAAUCCAUCCCUCUGGAAGGUGUUUCAGUGGCAAAAAGAAAAGAUGAAAAGGGAAAAUGGAGGAAAGGAAGUCCAGGAAAAACGCCUGUUCCAUGGAGCUGACAUCACCUUCAUGGAAACGAUCUGCAGUCAGAACUUCGACUGGAGAAUUUGUGGAAGCAAUGGAACUAAAUAUGGGAAGGGAAGUUACUUUGCUAGAGAUGCUUGCUAUUCCCACCACUACUGUCAGACCACGCUGCAGGGACACUCCAUGUUCGUGGCUCGUGUUCUGGUUGGAGACUACGUGAAAGGCAACACCGCCUUUGUCCGGCCCCCAAUGAAGUGUGCUGCCAAGCUGUGGUUAUAUGACAGCUGUGUGGAUGAUGAGUUCAAUCCUACUGUUUUUGUUGUCUUUGAAAAACACCAGAUUUACCCAGAGUACAUAAUAGAGUAUAGAGAGGAGAGAAUAAGAGAGCAGAAAGACACAGGACCAAGAGUGCCUAGAGAGGAGGGAAGAAAAUGUGUUAUAUCUUAGAGGAACGUGGCAGUUUGUGUCCCUCAUCUUGUUUUUCGUAUUGCAGGUGUUCUCCUACUUGGUGACUUUUUUCUUUUUAAUACAGUUCUUUGGAAUGUUAAUCCAGUUUUUGCAUUGAGGAGGGCUGGCAAAGCAGAUUGUUGUGACUGCCUUAUCUUCUUCUCUUCCUCUCUUAAAUGAAGCACAGACAUUUUGAUAACCAUAGCAGAAAAAUCAGAGUUGUGGGAUGGGAAAUUGAAUGUUAUGACUACUGUGGGGAAAUAAUUGUAAAUGCAUCGUCUAAAAAAAAUAGAGAGGACUUCUCUUUGCAAACAGUUAAAAGGAAAAUUAACAGUACAGUAGUUUUAAAGGAAGCAGUCAGGGUUUAGUAGCCAGAAAUUCUUUUCAGUGAAGAAUUCACCUGUUCUUGAUCCUCUCAUCUAUCAUUAUUAUAAAGAACUCAGUGUAGGUAAUAAUGACUUGAGUUUGUUUUCAAAGCACUGCUUGUUAAUGCUGGUACGUGUUUUGAGUUAAAAUGAUAAACAAAAAAAGAAAAAGCAUAUUUUAAAUCCAUGUUGUUAGUUCUCGAGAAUUUUCAUCUGUACAAUGGCAGAUGGAUCAGAAAGCUGUUGGAUCAGAUUCUUUGUGGAAAUGAGCAGUUACUUGCUGUAACCUACACAAAAGCAGAGCUCAACUGAAACUGUGAAAGCCACCACAUGUGAGUAAGCAGAUACCAAAAUUUGGUGGUUUGGCUGUAACUAAUGGCAUAAGGACACAAAGGCUGUGUCCCAAUGAGCCAGGCUUUCCAGUGGGUCUGGCCACGUAGCACAGUAGGACAGGAGAAAUUCCUUAAGGAUCAUGGAGAUGUUCUGUCCUGUUUGUGCAGUAAUUUUCGUUUUUCCAGAUUAGAAUGGGACCAAGAGAGACCAGUUAGGUUCUCCUGAGGCCAGUGGUAGAAGUGCUGUCCCAAGGCACUGUCUACAUGUUCUGCUGCCCACUUGCAUGGGGCAGGGUGCUGACAAGUGAGGAUCCUCUUUUUGGUUUGGGGGUGAUCCUGGGUCAGAAACCUCUGCAAUUUCUACUGGAUUUUAGCAGGGAGUCUGUAAGUGGAUCAAACUGAAGGCCCUCUGUACAAAAUGCCAUAUUCAGGCAGUUUUAGCUGUUCAGAGGGAAGCUGGGACUGAGGACAGAGGAGCAGUAAUUUUUACCUUCAGAUAAGCUUUACAGAAAAACCAAUAGCCUCUAAGGUUUUUGCAUCUGUGAUAGAAAUCUGUGAACCACUCAAAGACAGCAAGUUCUUCCCAAGAAGAACGGAACAGAUAAAUCCAGAAAAUCUUACUAAAAUUACUUAGAACUAAAUGAAAACACGUGGAGAAGAUUUUAACACUUUUAAAGAUUUUUCUUUCUUUUGUUUGCCUGUAGAAUUCCUGAAUUACUGAGCUUGCUGUAUUUGCAAAUAAAACCCGUGUUCAGGCA